AUGUUAUCUGGGGUUCUUGUUGAUCAUCCUAUCAUUAUUGAAUAUUUGAAGACCGUAGUUUCUACUGGAGAUGCUGGAUCGAAUUCAAUUCAUGAAUCAGAAAUUCCAAAGAAGAAAGCAAAAAGUUCUAAAAGAAUAGGAAUGAAACCAACAACUGUUUCAAAGCCAAUUCAAACUUCUCUUGUCUCUUCGCAUAUGGAAUCUGAAGCAAAAAUUUAUAAACAGGUUGUCGAUGAUCCUUUUCUCAAUCUUUCACAAACACCUCUUACUCCACCAAUUAUCUUUACCACUUCUCAAUCCACACCAAUUCCAACAAAACCUCCAAUAGAGGCUUCUACUUUUGAAUCCCAUGAGGAGGAGAAUAGAACCGCAGACAUCCCUAGUAACACAUCUGAUGUGGGGCCCCAUGUCAAUAUUGAAUUUCACAAGAAAGAUGAUUCUGAGUCCAGUAAUGACUUUUUCACAACUGAUUUUUCAUUUCAAGAGGAAUGUGAUAAAGAUGAUGAUGCUCUGAUGACUAAAGGAAAAGGAGACUUGAAGAUUGUUUCUGAAAAAUUAGAUGAGUUGAAUCCACCAUUGACUAAGGAACAACAAGAUGAACAAGUGAAACGUGAUGCAUUUCUGGGUGCGCUUAAUGCUUUAAAUGAAAACAUUAAUGCUGAGGAAGUUGAAAAGAAGAAUGAUGAAUCAAUUGUUGCAAACAAGAUAGCUUUAUGUCCUUUUUUGCCACUUGAAAGAAUUAAUGAUGAAGCUCUUAAAAAACCAAAAGCUUACUGGUUAGAGCUUCAAACCUCAUUCUCUGUUGAAGAUGAUCUUGAAUGUGAAUUAGACUUUCCCAUUACUACAAAAGCCUUCCAAUUUCAUUGCUUUGAAAGUAUUUACCGAUGGGAAACACAACAAUCAAUUGAAAGUUGUUCAACUUUUAUGUGA